AUGGACGAGAAAAUAUCAAAGGCAAACUUCUCUUUGUCAGGUUUAACUUGUGCAAGUUGUGUCCUUUCUACUGAAAACACAUUAAAAAAACUUUCAGGUUUAAAUCCCACUACAAUUAACGUCAAUUUAUUAACGAGUAAUGCUAUUUUUGAAUUCGAUGAAAAUGUAAUAAAACCCGAACAAAUUAAACAAGCUAUAAUUAACUCAGGUUUUAACGUCGAAAAUAUUAAAAUUGAAAAAAAGUACAUUGAUCCUUCCAAUCCGAGAAAAGCCCUUAAUGAGGAACUCAAUAUUUCAUCUCAAGAAGGCGAAACUUCAUUCCAUGAUACAAUUACAAAAUUAGCUGUUAGUGGUAUGACUUGUGCUUCCUGUGUAAGCUCAGUUCAAUACUCUCUAGAAUCGGUACCAGGCGUAGAAUACGCUCAUGUUAAUUUACUUACUGGUGAAGCAAGUAUAAAACACGAUUUAAAUAAGAUUGGUCCACGUGAUCUUAUAAAAAUUAUUGAAGAAAGUGGUUUUGGUGCUGAACUUAUUAAGAGGGAUAGAUCUGAUAAUAAUGGAAAUUCAAUUCGACGUCGUGCUGAAAAAUAUCAAAAACUUCUUCGUAACAGAUUUUUGGCCUCAUUAUGUUUCUCUAUCCCAACAGCUUUAAUUUCAAUGGUAUUCAUGAUGAUAUAUCAUAAUCCUGUAAUUUCACAUCAGAUCAUCCCCGGUUUGGAAGUCGGAACCAUAAUUUUGUUCGCUCUUGCUACUCCUGUUCAAUUUGUACUUGGUUAUCCUUUUUAUUUAAAAGGUAUUCGUUCAGUAUGGUAUUCUCGUCAAGCAAAUAUGGAUACUUUGGUAGCGAUUGGAACCACUGUUGCAUAUUGUGGCUCAAUUUUAAAUGUUUUGAUCCCAAUUCUUCGAAAAUCUGAAGAACCUGGUUAUCAAUUCUUUGAAACUAGCGUCUUUCUUAUCACUUUUAUUUGGCUUGGAAGAUGGAUGGAAGCUAAAGUGAAGGGUAAAACUUUUGAAACGAUAACUAAACUUAUGGAAUUACAACCGGAAAAAGCUAUUCUUAUCACUCUUGGUUAUGAUGAAAACAAACAAGAAGUUAUUGACGAAAAAGAAAUUGAUAUGGAUCUCGUUCAAGUUAAUGAUAUUCUUAAAGUGAACCCUGGAGCAAAAAUCCCAUGCGAUGGCAAGAUAUUCCGAGGUACCACAUCUUUGGACGAAUCAAUGUUAACAGGCGAAUCUAUACCCGUGACGAAAGGAGUUGAUGACGAAGUUAUAUCCGCAACAGUAAAUUUGUCAUCAAUGAUUUGGAUAAAAGCGACACGUGUUGGUUCUGAUACAACACUUUCACGUAUUAUUGAACUAGUACAAACGGCUCAAUCAAGUAAAAAGGCACCAAUUGAAGCAUUAGCUGAUAAAAUUGCACAAGUAUUUGUUCCGGUCGUUAUAUCAAUAGCAAUUCUUGAUUUCAUUAUAUGGGUAUCUCUUGGUGCUGCCGGUAAGAUUCCAAAUGAUUGGAUACCCAAUAAUGAACCAUAUCAAACAUUUUCUUUAUUCUUUGCUAUAUCUGUAAUGGUUAUUGCAUGUCCUUGUGCCAUGGGUUUAGCCUCUCCCACUGCUAUUAUGGUUGGAACUGGUCUUGCAGCUCGAUUUGGUAUUUUGAUAAAAGGUGGUGGUGAAGCUAUUGAAACAACUUUUCGACUUGAUACUAUCGCAUUUGACAAAACUGGAACAUUGACCUAUGGAAAACCAAAAGUCGUUUGUUCAAAAUUUCUUGGAAAAGAAUCACAAGAUGUAAGUAAAGUUCGUGAUUUAUAUCUUCAAAUCAUUGGAACUGUUGAAUCUUCAAGUGAUCAUCCAUUGGCCAAAGCUGUCGCUCAGUUUGCUUCCUCGAAAAUUAAAUUUUCAAAUAAUGUCAUAUUGAAAAGUGUGACCGAAUUUCCUGGAAAAGGGCUUCGAGCUGAAGUGGAAAUUAAUGAUCCUCUUGCAUGUGAAUUAUUACCUACCAAAAAUCCUGGUUCAACAUUUAAUGUAUUUAUUGGUAAUGAAAGGUGGCUUAAAAAGAAUAGAUGCGUUUAUCCUUCUCUUAGUGAAAACAUAAUAUCUUCAAAUGUUGCAAAAUGGAAAAACUCCGGUUAUUCAAUAGUUCUUGUUGGAUUAUCAUUUUUUGAAUCAUCCAAUGGUUAUAUUCUUGCGCAAAUGGGAAUUGCUGACACUCCAAGACCAGAUGCUGCCAAAACCGUUUCCGAAUUAAUUGCUCGUGGAAUUGAAGUUUGGAUGAUUACAGGAGAUAAUCCUAUAACGGCUAAGGCUAUUGCUAAAAAACUUGGAAUCGAGAAUGUUCUAGCCGAAGUAACACCUGAAAUGAAAGCAGAGAAAAUUAAAUGGUUACAACGCAAAGGACGCCCAUUAAAAAAAUCAAAUAUAUUUACUACAUUUUUUACUCCCAAAUUUGAUAUUGAAAUAACGAGAAGAGCUGUAGUUGCAAUGAUUGGUGAUGGUAUUAAUGAUUCACCUGCUCUCGCACAAUCAGAUUUACCAAUAUCAGUAGCAAGUGCUACAGAUGUCGCUAUAGAAUCGGCUUCUAUUAUUUUGACAAGAUCAACUUUAAGUUCUUUAAUUACGUUAAUAGCACUUUCUAAAGCUAUAAUAUGGAGGAUCAGAUAUAAUUUCUUAUGGGCUUAUAUUUACAAUUCUUUAGCGAUACCUAUUGCAGCCGGUGUUUUCUUUCCUGCAUUUAAAUAUAGUCUUAGACCUGAACUUGCUAGUUUAUCAAUGGCAGUUAGUUCUAUUAGUGUAGUAUUAAGUAGUUUAUGGUUGAAAAGAUUUAAAGAACCUAAAAAAUAA